AACCUUCUCAUCCGAGAGCAUCAAGCAACGAACCCACCCGGGCGUCCCUACAACGCGCGACACCCUAUAAAACCCUGGGUCGCCCCCCGGCGAUGGCAACCUCGUACCUCCGCUGCAGAGCGACGUCGGCCGCCGCCGUACGACGACGGGGCCUUCCCUUCGUCGGCGCGUUCUGCGUGCUCAGCUUGGGGUUCUCCACCGCCCUCUCCUUCUCCUCUUCCCUCAGGACGGGUUGCGCUCGGUCCCUCCCCUUCGUUCCGCUCUUGAGAUCGAAGCUUGGAGCGCCUUUCAGAGGGUUGCAUUCGGCUAAGAUGGAGGGAGCUCAGGGAAGCGGCAACACGGUGCCGAGCAUCGUUGUCUACGUCACGGUUCCGAGCAAGGAAGCAGGAAAGAAGUUGGCUGAGAGCAUAAUCAAAGAAAGACUUGCGGCAUGCGUAAAUAUAGUGCCAGGUAUUGAAUCAAUUUACCAUUGGCAGGGAAAGAUUGAGACAGAUUCCGAGGAACUGCUCAUAAUCAAGACAAGAGAAUCACUGCUAGAGCCUCUGACCCAGCACGUCAAGGCAAACCACCCAUACGAUGUUCCGGAAGUGAUUGGCUUGCCCAUCCAGGGCGGCAAUGUCCAAUACCUGGAAUGGAUCAAGAACAGCACCAGAGACUAAGUUUUAAGGUGGGAAGGCAAGGCUUUCUGGCUGCAUCAGUUUGCUUUUCAUAUCGCAUGUGUAUACUCUCUCUCCCUCUCUCGUGACUUUCUCUGAAUAACCAUGGUCCAUGGGCAUGUGUUUUCCCAGCUUGCUAUAUCUUUGCUAAAUGAUAAGUUGUGAAUAGACUUUGUAGCACACCCUGCGAAAAUAGCAUGCUUUGCUACCUGAUAUAUACCCGGCCUUGCAAUUUAUGGUAUUACUCUUGUAUCU